AGCUCUCCUGCCAGAGCCCCUCAUCCCCUGAAAAUGUCCGCCCGUGCAAAGUUCGUCUCUGCCCCCUUCUUGGUCAGGAGCACCUCUCAGCUGUUGAGCCGAUCACUGUCUGCAGUGGUGCUAAAACCACCCGAGACACUGACAGAUGAGGCACCUUAUAAGGGCCUCAGCUUCUUGACAGCCCAACGUCCCCUGACCUCACUUAUUCCUAGCCGAAGCUUCCAAACCAGCGCCAUUUCAAGGGACAUUGAUACAGCAGCCAAGUUCAAUGGGGCUGGGGCUGCCACGGUAGGGGUGGCUGGCUCUGGGGCUGGAAUUGGGACUGUGUUUGGGAGCCUCAUCAUUGGUUAUGCCAGGAAUCCCUCUCUGAAGCAACAGCUCUUUCCCUACGCCGUUCUGGGCUUUGCCCUCUCGGAAGCCAUGAGGCUCUUUUGCCGGAUGGUGGCCUUUCUCAUCCUCUUCGCCAUGUGAAGGAGCCGUCUCCACCUCCCACAGGUCUUUCUUUCUUUUUUUUUU